CUGUGUGGUAUAUUUUUUGUUUUUACAAGUCAAAAAGUUGUUAAAGAAGCAAACUCCACAAGCAGCCCCUCUCAUAGUGAGUCACCCAGUAUCUCUGUUUCUUCAAUUGUCUCAACCGCCAUUGAUGACAUACCAGAAAAACUCUGUUGAUUGAACAGGGUAGAGUUUCUUAUCCUCUCUAUGUUUAAAUUUCCACAAAAAGAUUGGGUUUUUUUUCAUACAGAAGCAAAAUUGUUACGUGGGGUUCAUUCAGAUUAACCCAUGGCUCCUCCUUCUUCAACAACUGUUACAAAUCAACUACAAACCCUAAACCCAACUAUAAUCCCUGGUCUACCAAACGAUUUAGCAGCGAUUAUACUUGUAUUCGUUCCUUACUCUCAUCAUUCACGUCUUAAAUCCAUUUGUAAAUCAUGGAAGCAAUUUUUCUCUUCCAAAAUCAUCAUUUCUCUGCGGCAAAAGCAUCUCCCACCAUCUACCCUGUCUCCUCUUCUCUGUAUAUUCCCACAAGAUCCUUUAAUUGCUUCGCCUUACCUGUUUGACCCUAGAAAUCUUGCGUGGUCUCCACUUCCACCGAUGCCUUGUAACCCUCAUGUAUAUGGGCUUUGUAAUUUUACAUCGAUUUGUAUCGGCUCUCAUUUGUAUGUGUUAGGUGGGUCGCUUUUUGAUACACGAUCUUACCCUCUUGAUUACCCAUGUCCUUCAUCCUCUGCGUUUAGGUUUGAUUUUGGGAGUUCUUCAUGGGAGACGUUGGCGCCUAUGAUUAACCCUAGGGGGAGUUUUGCCUGUGCUGCGGCACCUAAUUUGGAUAAGAUUUUGGUGGCGGGUGGUGGGUCUCGGCAUACGAUGUUUGGGGCGGCUGGGAGUAGGAUGAGUUCAGUGGAGAUGUAUGAUAUUAGGAAAGAUGAGUGGGUUCCAUUGGAUGGGUUACCUAGGUUUAGAGCAGGGUGUGUUGGGUUCUUUGUUGGGAAUGGAGAGGAGAGAGAAUUUUGGGUGAUGGGUGGAUAUGGCGAGUCGAGGACAGUCUCCGGUGUGUUUCCUGUGGAUCAAUAUUAUAGGGAUGUUUUAGUGAUGGAAAUGAAGAAUGGUGGGAAGUGGAGGGAGCUUGGGGAUAUGUGGGAAGAAGGGGAAAGGUGGAAGCUUGGAAAGAUUGUGGUGCUUGAGGAUGUGCCUUCGGAACCUCCUGCGGUAUUCAUGCUCGACCGAGGAGAUAUUUUCAGCUACAUAAUGGCUUCCAAUAGUUGGGUAAAGGAAACAAGUCUGCCAAGAAAAGCAUCAGAUGAAUCCUCUGUUGGCUUUGUUGCAUUGGAUGGGGAGCUGCAUGUGAUGACUCAUUUAAACGUGGUUAAAUCAAAGGAGUGCCAAAGAUUAAGGCAGCAGAAAAGGUCAGCAACUAUGCUUGUACAAAUAUACCAUCCUAGGACGAAGUCAUGGAGGUCUGUCACUACAAGGUCACCAUUUCAUCACCCUUUGGAUUUCAAAACUGCAGUUAUGUGCACCAUUCGUCUGUAGAUCUAUAUUGUUGCAUUGGUGUGCCUAUGAAGCAGUUGUUUGGUUUAGUGGAUAUUCCUUCGUUACCUAUUGUGAAUGGCAUUGUGUAUAUCUUGCAUUGACAUGUUCUUAUUGUCAGAGUUACUACUGUAAAUGCAACUGUAAUAAAUGUAAUUCUUCUCAUCUCUUUCUCUUUA